UCACCUCUAAGUUGCCGCCUCUCACGCGCAAACUUUUCCCCUUGUCAUUACAAGUAUGGAUGUGCUUCAUGCUUGUUCUCAGGACUUCAAACGCUGAGCCGCCCUGGUUCUUUCACUCUACGUCCCACGUCCUGGCUCACAAAAAACAACAUCCCAGUCUCUUUCCUAUAUCCUUCGUGUAGCUAAUUGUUUGUUUUUUUUCCCCCUCUUCGCUCGGUGCGGCUGGGUGCGCGCGCGUGCGUUGAGAGUGUCCGGUCCGGUGUAUGUUCACUCCACGGGACUAAGCGCUGAGGAAGGUGCGAUGAGGCUGCUCGCUUGGAGUUUGCUAAUCCUGAACCAGUGGAUUCUGCGAAAGGUUCAUGGCCUGGAAAAGCAGGUUGGGAAAUCUUUGGAUUACCUGGAGCUAGGCGCAGCAGGGUCUGUCCUGAAGCCCGUUCCUUAUGGUGGAGCUGGAGGAGGAGGCAUUGGGGCAGGUGGAGGAGUUAAACCCCCAUUCCAGACCUCCAGGAUAUUCUCCUCUAUGGACCACACACCUAUGAAACCCAAACCACCUACCUUCGGCUUACCAAACCCAUACGAUUGGGCCAGGAACCAGUCACAGUUCCUGGAUCAGACAGGCUAUCACUCGAAGCGCAAACCUCCCCUCAAAACCGCCAUGAAGACCAAGAAGAUCUUCGGCUGGGGCGACUUCUACUUCACCGUCAAAACAGUGAAGUUCAACCUGCUGGUGACAGGCAAGAUCGUGGACCACGUCAAUGGCACAUUCACCGUCUACUUCCGCCACAACUCGUCAAGCCUCGGCAACGUGACUGUCAGCAUCGUCCCACCUUCGAAGAUAGUGGAGUUUGAGGUAGUCCAGCAGCAAAGCACUCUACAUCAACCAGAGAUUCAGUUUCACCAGCCUCACCAGUCAACCAUCGAUCCCAAAGACAUCAAGACCUUUAACUGUCGUGUCGAGUAUAAGAAGACCAACCGUUCCAAGAAGCCCAAACCGUGUCUGUAUGAUCCGUCUCAGACCUGUUUCACUGAACACACCCAAUCCAAUGCUGCCUGGCUUUGUGCCAAGCCCUUCAAAGUUAUCUGCAUCUUCAUCUCCUUUUUCAGCAUCGACUACAAGCUUGUGCAGAAGGUCUGUCCAGACUACAAUUUUCAGAGUGAACAACCGUACUUUGGAUGAAGAGCGCCAAAGUAAAUGGUGUAGAGGAUGACCGACAUAUGGGAUGUUGUUAUGUGUUGUGUGUCUCUUCUACUUUCUUAAGGUUAUAUGGAUCCCAUAAAAAAUGGUCAAUAUGGUGGACAGUGAGUUUUUACAGGUGCUGAGGAGAAGUUAUUGUUCCAAGUUUAAUUUGUAUAUAUUGUGAAAAAAGCCAACUCAGUUAAGCUGAAUAAAACAAAAAAUUAUUUAUUGUUUUUGUUGAAUUUUGUCUGUUUGACUGUUAGAAAUUUGGAAGAAUGAAAGAUUCAAAGUGAUUUUUUUUUUUGUAUUGUUCCUUUAUAUGACCCAGAGCUUACAGAAAUGUCAUUAGGAUGAUGUUAUAAAUGGAAGGAUCAUAGCACUGAUUGUAACAGAUUCAGAAACUAGCGCUGCACACAGUGCUGUUACAUUGUGCACCCAGGAUUAAAACAGCUUAUAAUCACACCUGGAGAGAGUGUGUUUUACUCUGUCAAACUUACAGUGUAAGCAAGACACAACAUGGACAUAGAUACUCUUCAUCAGCAAGUUAUUCCGUUGUCAUUUAGACAUCAGGCACAUAUGCAGCAUAUGCACCCAAAAAUCCCUAUAUACAUAUAUGCCCAAAAUGUUGUUUAAUUUCAGAUUAUAGUCUAUUAAUGAAAAGUGGGCAUUUUUUCUUCCCAAUAUUUUAGUAAUAUAAUACUGCAUAAUAUUAUGAUAAUACUAAUCUUGUUUUGGAUCCUCCUGUUAUCUAAAUAGAAGAACAUGAGUUCUGGAAGUUGUUUAAAUGCCUUGUGCAUUAUGAUUAAAGCUGCUAUUCAAAAUCUCUGAAAAUGUAUAUGCAUUAGUACAGACUAUGUGCCCUUAUCCACCCUAUAGAUAAGCAGUGGAUGAGUGAAAAGUUACAUAUGUAAAGAAAGAGAUCACCAUUAACAUGAUGUGUCUAGUGGAAGAACCAAUUAAAUAUAUUAUUUUUCUAUACUCUGGCUUAAUUUUUACCCGGUGGGUGUUACAAAGUCACAGACACAUGGAAAUUAUAUAGUCACAUCUUAUCUUACUCAUUUUAUUUUACUCUGUUUGGUUUGCACAGUAAAGUACCAAAAGAUAUUAACAUUUUAAUUUCUGGACAACCGAUUAGUCUGUGAAAAAAGGGGGUUAAAAAAAAACUGAAAUCGCAGGUCUGUGAAUAAAGUAUUGCUUGAUGAUGUGUAUAUUUGACAUUGAAAAAAAAA